UUGGGCACUCUUUCGCGAAGUAUGUGCGCGAAUGUUGCUUCUCCACCGCGCGGCAAUCAAAAAUCAUUGAGGAAGAACAGCCGAGAAGUAGGUGCUCCCAAGAAAAAGUAACUUCGUGAAUACAUCGCACCAACCGGAAUAUACAGUUAUGCUUCUUAUGUGCAACUCUUGGGGUUCUUCCUCUUGCCACUUAUUUGUGGUGCCUCAGUUCGGCUCAACAAGUAGCACCUCUCGGUCAGACCAAAUGCCCCAGUGAUUUCCACCUUCUUGAAAAGCAUCCAAAAACUUUUUUUUCUUGUGCAAAAUUUAAAGUGGCAAAGACAAAAUGGGAAUGUACCGUGUGUGGUGUUUUGUGGGAAUUCUCACGUGUAGCUUCUUAGUCAUUGAUGCCCAUUCCACGCAACGACCAGCCAAUGGUGAUGAUUCAAAUCCAUUCUUGGACAUGGCAUCGGCCUUUCUCACGGAAGCUCUGGCAAAUCAGGGCGGAGGAAGUGGUGGGAUUGGGGGAAUAGCAUCAGUUAUUGGGAAUCUCAUGCAGACUGAUAGCACCACGGGAAAAACCGGAGAUAGUGGGGCAGGAGCUAUUCUGGCGGGAAUUGGAUCGCUCUUGGCAAAUUCGGGAAAUUCGCGCCAAAAUGCUGCAGGAGGAUUUGAUCCCGCCAUCAUCACGAACAUUAUUGAUAUGUUCUCAGCCACAGGUGGUGGUGAUAGUGGGAGGCAGAAGAGACAGACUGGUGAUCAACAGGAAUCAUCUGGAUGGGAUACAAUGCUCAAUAUUGCAUCAGCAUUUCUGGGCAAUCAAGCACAGCAACAGCAACCUCGAAGUGAUUCACCUGGUGAUGGACUCAUAAGCCUUCUGCCAAUGGUUUUGCAAACCAUUAGUUCCUUCUCAGGACCUGAAGGUCAAAAAACUCAGGAGAGGCACAAGGAUCAUGCUCUUCUGCCGCCAUUCCUGGAAAAUAUUCACGUUAUGUGGGAUCAUUUCUCUCAAUCGGAACUCGCAGAAAUUAUUUGGACAAAAUCUGGGAUCAGUGCAGUUUUCAAGGGAUUUACGGGACGUGAUGGAAAAUUGGAUUACAACAAACUUUUCAAAUCAUUGGAAAAUCAAUCUUUCCGCCGAAGAUGGAUUAAAACAGCUACCGUUUACCUUGCUGAUUGGGCCAAUUACAUUGCCGAUCCGGAAGUUUAUCAGAGAUAUUUCACAACGGCUCAAUUGAUGGCAAAUGGUUUCCUGAAAAGCCAGAACCUCCCACUGAUAGAUCCCUCGAGGGCAAGUGAAACACUUGCUCAGCUCAUUGAUGCAGUUGCCAAGAAGCACCUAAGUGUGAAAAUAUCGUCAAAGACAUACGUGAAGCCAGCGAUGAAUUAUGUAAAAGAACUACUGAAAUUGGGUCAAGCGCGAGGCCUUCUCCAGAAAUUCAACGCCACAGAAAUUAGUGACAAGCUCACAGACACCGUUAAUCUCGAGAUUAUUGAACCUGUACUUAAGGUGUAUCGUGCAUAUCGAUAUGUGUUGAUUGUUCCACAAUGUGAUAAAUUUGUAAUGUGCGACAUAAAUUCACAUGAUCCCAACGAAAAUCUCGGUCUAGCUGGCUUCAAAGCGGGUAUCACGAAAUUCGGAAGUAUGGCAGCAUCGUGGGUGCUCAGUGGUGAGACAAAGACACCCUUCUGGACACUCUUUAGCAUAAUAUCAGAUCCAGGAAAUUGUCAGGUACGCUUCCCGGUGGAUUGUGUGGGCUUCCAUGAAGGUGAGGCUCGAGUAACCACGGAGUAUGUUCAUAAUGAACUGUAAUGAGUGACACGCACCGAUUGAAUAGACUUUUAUUAAAAUACUAUACGUGGAGCAUUUAUGUCGAUUCUCAAGACGAGAGACCUUCCCCUUGAUGCAAGAAAGAAAAUUAAUCCGUUUCGGGUUUUUUGUUGUUGUUGUGGAUAAAAAGAAUGACCUUUAUUGACCUUUACAUGAAUAAUAUUGCAAUAGAAUUGUAUUUUGUUAUUAAGUUUUCUCUAUCAGAGUAUGAUAGGUUUGUGAUAAGCCCCCUAAACUGAUAUUUUGUACAUCUAACUAUGUAUACAUAACACGGUAUUUAAUAUUUGAUUUUUAUUAUUAAAUAAUAUUGCUGUCAAAUUAUUUUUUUGACCAUACAGUUUGCGACAGAAAUGUUCUUCUCUUCUAAUUAAUAUAGAUAGGGCAAAGAUGCAAAAUAAAAUUAAGCAAUAAAUGACAGUGUAUACGCGAUA